AUGGAUCAGUUGCUGAAGGCAGGAGAAAAGUUCGAAUGGUCACCAGCUUGCCAGAAGUCGUUCGACCGUUUUCGAGAAUUUCUUCAGUCCCCGUUUCUGUUGACGCGCUACAACCCGAAAUUUGAAUUAGUUUUGUCGGCAGAUGCUUCCUCCGUUGGUCUGGGUGCCCGGAUCGUACACAAAUUUCCGGAUGGCACCGUGAAAGCCACUUGCCACGCUUCGCGCAAUUUGACAGCAGCGGAGAGUAAUUACAGCCAGAUCGAAAAGGAGGGCUUGGCUUUGAUGUUCACCGUGACCAAAUUCCAUCGGAUGAUAUUCGGACGGCGUUUCGUGCUCGAGACCGAGCACAAGCAUUUGCUUGCCAUAUUCGGGUCGAAAAAGGGCAUCCCCACAUGCUUUCGGACACGCGGUCAUCCUGUCCCACCUUAUCGCCAUGUUCGUCUGGAAGAGGACUAUGUUUUAGCCACCAUCGAGUUCGAGAGCACCAUCCGCAGCAUCAUGAACCAAUCUUUAGAAGCCCUACCAGUUUUGUUCAAAACCGUUCAAACCAAAACCCGUAUAGAUGAAACCCUGCAACAGGUGAUCAAGCACGUGAACACAACGUGGCCUACAAAGAAAACGAGCAUCACAGACCCGCACAUUCAAGAGUUUUUCCAGUGUCGCGAGUCCCUCUCCAUCACUGCUGACUGCUUGAUGUACGGCGAACGUUUGGUGUUACCAUCCGUUCUCCGAAAGAAGGUGCUCGUGGAGCUGCACAAGGGCCUCCCGGUAUCGAACGUAAUCGGUCCCUUGCUCGACAUGUACGCCUACACCAAAUGGCCGGAGGUGGUCAGAACAAAUAACAUCACUUCUGCAGCGACAAUUCGCAUUCUCCGUGACAUUUUCGUCAGAUUCGGGUCCCCGGAGAUACUGGUUACCGACAACAGGACGCAGUUUACCAGCGAAAUGUUCGAGGCCUACUGCGAGGCCUCGCGGAAAGAUUCGUCGACACCUUUAAGAGGACAUUAA